AACUUGAGCGCGGCGCGAUCGGGGGUCAGCGGCCUCCGCUGCCUGCUGGGAAGGUGCCGGCGUGUUGUUUAUGGCACAUGCAGGGGAAGUGACACGCCGAGGCGUCGGCGCUCCUGGAGCUCAGCUCCUACCUUUCUUUUCCGCGGGGCGGUGGUGGGGAUGUGUGCGUGUGCUCCGGGGCGUGGGCGGUCGGGCCUGUAGUGGGAUCCUUCCAGGCCUCCGGGGAGGGGGAAAGUUAAUGGGGGAGACAGACCGAGACCGGGAGUCGGCGUGGGAGAUGGCUGCUGCUGCUACAGCGUGCCAGUUAGUUGUGACCCGGUUGUAAGGAGCGUGGAGGCUGGCCAGCCGGCGAGGGACCCCCUUUUAACCUUUUGUUUGCACGUCGACUUGAGUUGGAAAAUUAAAAACCUACGGAUUUCGAAGAGGUCGAGAAAAGAAGUUGAUGUUUGCUCCUUGAGCAGUUCCUAGUGAAAGGACACUUGCUGACAGCAAAAGAUGUUGAAGUACGUCGAACAUGGAACUUGGAACGCUUUUUAAAAUUAGAAGUCUUUAGUUUUUCAGUCCGUGCCUCCAUGUUUUGGGGAAUACAUGCUUUCCCUGUAGGGAGAAGUGGAAGAAAAAUAAGCACAGGUUGUAAGAAUGAGUUAGGGUUCGAAAGACGUAAGGCCGGUUUUGGAGAACAUUUUCCACCGAAAAUCGGAUGUAGUUCGGGACAUUGUUCUUACCUUUCUUGGGGGUGGGGCGGAGAGUUCUGGGUAGCAGUCAUCUCAUGACUGUUUCCAGACUUUGCUUCAGCUGUGUUUUGAGCUCAGAUAAAGUACGUUUUGUCUAUAUUAGCCUUCCUGGUUGCCCAUCAGGUGGAAAUUGUAUUGUAUAGGCACUGAAAGAAACCUGCCAUCAGACAAACUGUGUGGCUUUGGCAUGGCUGCUCUGGAAUGUACAGACACCACGGCUUCCAGGGGAGCUUGCAUUUCUGGAUAUGCAUCAGUUGUUGGUAUUUGGUGUUGUAAUUACACAGUUUGACGAAACGUUCAGUGCACUAUGGAUGCAAAAAGUCAUUUGUCUAAGAACCUCAGGCUCUUUUGGAAACAGCUCUCUAUCAAUAUCAGCUUACAUCAUUGAAAAGAGAACUUCGAAGACAUGUUUUGCUGAAAAGACAACUAAGAAAAAUUUUACGAAUGGGAUGAACAGGCACCAGUUAACUGACUACCUACUGCAAUUUGAAUGUUAACAAUUACCCACCUGGUACAGUUAACAUAGUGAUGUACCUAUUCUCACAAUACCCUAUUUCAUUGUGCUUGUCUUGAUUAAAGAAUUCAAAGUGGAGUACCGCAAACUUGAUAUGGAUAAUAAAAAGAAAGACAAGGACAAAUCAGAUGAUAGAAUGGCACGACCUAGUGGUCGGUCGGGACAUAACACUCGAGGAACUGGAUCUUCAUCCUCUGGAGUUUUAAUGGUUGGACCUAACUUUAGAGUUGGAAAAAAAAUUGGAUGUGGCAAUUUUGGAGAAUUACGAUUAGGGAAAAAUUUAUAUACAAAUGAAUAUGUGGCAAUUAAACUGGAGCCCAUGAAAUCCAGAGCACCACAGCUACAUUUGGAAUACAGAUUCUACAAGCAGUUAGGAUCUGGAGAUGGUAUACCUCAAGUUUACUAUUUUGGCCCUUGUGGUAAAUACAAUGCCAUGGUGCUCGAACUUCUGGGACCUAGUUUGGAAGAUUUGUUUGAUUUAUGUGACAGGACGUUUUCUCUUAAGACAGUUCUCAUGAUCGCUAUCCAGCUGAUCUCUCGCAUGGAAUAUGUCCACUCAAAGAACUUGAUAUACAGAGAUGUAAAGCCUGAGAACUUCUUAAUAGGACGUCCAGGAAACAAAACCCAGCAAGUUAUUCAUAUUAUAGAUUUUGGUUUGGCAAAGGAAUAUAUUGAUCCAGAGACGAAGAAACACAUACCAUACAGAGAACACAAGAGCCUUACAGGAACAGCUAGAUAUAUGAGCAUAAACACACAUUUAGGAAAAGAACAAAGUAGAAGAGAUGACUUAGAAGCUUUAGGUCAUAUGUUCAUGUAUUUUCUGAGGGGCAGUCUUCCUUGGCAAGGUUUAAAGGCUGACACAUUAAAGGAGAGGUAUCAGAAAAUUGGAGAUACAAAACGAGCCACACCAAUAGAAGUGUUAUGUGAAAAUUUUCCAGAAGAAAUGGCAACAUAUCUUCGUUAUGUAAGAAGGCUAGAUUUUUUUGAAAAACCAGACUAUGACUACCUAAGAAAGCUUUUUACUGACUUGUUUGAUCGAAAAGGAUAUUUAUUUGAUUAUGAAUAUGACUGGAUUGGUAAACAGUUGCCUACUCCAGUGGGUGCAGUUCAGCAAGAUCCUGCUCUGUCAUCAAACAGAGAAGCACAUCAACACAGAGAUAAGAUGCAACAAUCCAAAAACCAGUCGGCAGACCACAGGGCAGCUUGGGACUCCCAGCAGGCAAAUCCCCACCAUUUGAGAGCUCACCUUGCAGCAGACAGACAUGGUGGCUCGGUACAGGUUGUAAGCUCUACAAAUGGAGAGUUAAACACAGAUGACCCCACUGCAGGACGUUCCAAUGCACCCAUUACAGCCCCUACGGAAGUAGAAGUGAUGGAUGAAACCAACUGCCAGAAAGUGUUGAACAUGUGGUGCUGCUGUUUUUUCAAACGAAGGAAAAGGAAAACCAUACAGCGUCACAAAUGACUCUGGACACAGACAGAUCAUGGGGAGUUACUUACGUGUUCAUCUGCUGUCUUGUGAUUAAAAUCAUCUCUGUAGUGACCACAUAUAUUUUCAAGGACUCACUCUUAGAAACAAAAUGUCAUACUUUCAUACUUCAUUUUGUGGUUGUCUUACAUUCAUAUUUUUUUCUAAUUUAACUUUUAUGGAAGCUUUAAAGUUUUGUCAAAACAUGAGUGCUUUGCCCAUCAAUGAAUGGAAUGGACCAAGGAGGUGGUACUGAUGGAUGCAGUCCUAAGGACAUUUUUCAGAAGCUCUCCUCCUGUUGUAGAAAGCAGUACAGUAUCUUCAGUGUCAAACAGUUAGAUAUGCCUAAUCUGUUUUUUUUUUUUUUAUAACUCUAUAAGAGCAGAAUCAAGCAGGAUUUUUCUCCCCAGUGGAUAAUGCAACAGAGAAGACGCAGUUGCCCAAACAUGUAAAAGAAGUUAUUUUAUGAGAAGUUGAUUUUUUGUGUGACAUCUGCAUUGACUUCAGCAUUACUGAUGGUACUGCUAUUCAUGAGUCAUAUUAACAUUCUCUCUGUGAAAUCGUGGUACAGUCACUGCCCAGAGGUACUGAGGAAAAAGCUCUAUGGGUUUGGCAGAUGGCGGUGGUAAAAUGAAUCACAAGUUAGUGUGGUAAAUAGGAGCUCUGCUUUUGUUGCACCACCACGUGAAGUACAGUGUUGCUGAAGUGGCAAAAGCGCUUUUAAAAAAAAAAAAAACAAAAAAACAAAAAAAUACCCACAAAAUAUUUGUAUAAUGUAACUUUAUGCUUCCAGAUAAUAAUGUAUGUUAGACAGCAAGAAAUGAAUACUUUGAGAAAUAAAAUAUGUUGGAGUUUUUUUUUUUUUUUAAUACACUAAGGAGAAGAAAUAAAUGUGAAUCUCAUUGCAAUGUAUAAGGUUGAAGUCUGAGGAGAUCCCACUGAAACCUACUGCUGAAUGAUUACAUUCUCCCUUAAGCGGAAAAUUUUGGAUGUGCCAUGCAGUGGUGUCUGUUUAUUAAUUAUUUGCUUUUUGAUAAAAUAAAGGACCCCCACCCCCACCCCCCAGUAAUAAAAACUGGGUUACUGUAAUGCCCACUUCCCACCCCCUCCACCCCCCUGCCCCCGUGCACAUUAGUCUCUUGUAUUCAACUUUGAUGGUUCUCUGGAAUUUCCUACUUUUUAGUAUAAUUUUGAUGAUCGAAAACUAUUUUGGAAAGGAUGGGUCAGGUGCUUUGCCUCCAUAGUCUUUUGAAGUGCCUGCAUAUGAACAAAGUAACAGUUCUGUAAAAAAGGAAACCCAUUCCAUUUUUUCAGUAUGCUUUGUUUUAAGCCAUAAAGACACAGGUGUACUUUGGUCACAUUCUACUACUAGUCAGAAUUUUCAAGAGGAGUUACAACAAAAAGACUGGCUAGGAAGAGAAUGAUGUUUUUCAAAUCUCAUAUUCACCUUUCAUUUAUAAGGUUACUUACUCUUUCCACACAGCCCUUUCUUUGUCUUUCAGUACAUGCCUUCAGGCAUGCUUAUUUAUUUUUAUUGUCUCAAGGUAACAUUUAAAAUGUGUACUUAAAGUAAAUAAAUUACAUUUUUGACUUCAUUUUUGCAUUUACAGGGAUUUAAUUGUACUUUGUAAUUUAUUUUUCUUAUUAGCCAAAAGUUCAGUGUGUUGUUUUUGAUAAAUUAGGCGCCCAUAUGAAUACUGCAGAUCAGGACAUUGUUUAUCAUUGUCGCUCUGAAUCGUCUGAAUGAUCUUUUCAAGUUCUAGAUUUUAAAGGCCCACACUCAGCCUAGAAGACAUUUGUUGUAUAAUUUGGUCAACAGUUUCCCAUUCUGUUUGUAUACUGUCAUGAUCUUAAACGACAGGAGUUACAUACUGAGUUUUUAUUUUUGUUUGCCUUGAGCAAGGUAGAUGGAUGUUUUGGCCAUUAUAAUGUGAAACCACUUCUUUCUUUACAGUAUUUGACCAAAUUUGUGUGUCUAUGAUAUUUGUAAAUACAUGCGAUAUCUGUAUUUCUUAUCAUAAGCCUAUUUAGUUUUAUUCUCAGUAGGGUUUUUGGACUGUACAGUGUUUAUAUGAUCUGAACUCCUUAUACAUAAGAAGGUGUGUAUAUUAAUCCAAUUAUGGACUUAAAAUAUUUUAAAAGUAUAAAUACCCUUAUUUGCUGCAAAGACCAGUGUGUAGACAUUUGCUUUUUAGCAAUAUUUUUAAGUGCUCCAUUUUAAUGCCAAGGAAUAAGUCUUUUGGCAACACAAACUGGUCAAUAAUAGGUAAUGCAGGUAUGUUCAGGUUAAGUCAACAAUGUUUUGCAUUUUUAUGCUUCUUUUCUGUCAACACUAAUGAAGUCAACAUUGCCUGAAUGUCUGAAUAAUGAAACACAUCCCUGUUUAAAAGUAUGUAACUGAAAAAGAAAUAAAAAAUAAAGGUAGUUUUUUUAAACUUG